AUGGAGACCCUUGUGCCUGUGGGCUUUUGUUCCAAACUCUUUGUGCAACAACUGGCUGGAGUGAAGGAUCAGGCCCCGUCGCCCGUCCUCCCUGUGCCGCACAAUGGAGCGGGGCGACGAUCUCGCAGCGUCCCUCGUCCCUCGGCCGACUCCUGGCCGCGCUUGGCGGGGCCGGCGCUGGGUCCUGUGGGAUGGUUUCUGUUCCUCUCUGCUAAGAACAGCACGAAGUAUGAUGGAGGCUGCCGGGGAAAGCCGCGCUCUCGCCCCUGCUCUAAGGGUCCUGUCCCGGCGCUGGGAAACCUUUCGUCUUCUCUUCCAGAUGAGCGGGUGGAUCAGCGAACCUGCCUGAUCUGCGGGGACAGAGCUACGGGGCUGCACUAUGGGAUCAUCUCCUGCGAGGGCUGCAAGGGGUUCUUCAAAAGGAGCAUCUGCAACAAGCGGGUUUACAGAUGCAGUCGAGACAAGAACUGCGUCAUGUCACGCAAACAGCGCAACAGAUGCCAGUACUGCCGGCUGCUCAAAUGCCUCCAGAUGGGGAUGAACCGAAAAGCAAUCAGAGAGGAUGGCAUGCCAGGAGGCAGAAACAAAAGCAUCGGACCUGUCCAGAUAUCAGAGGAAGAGAUUGAGAGAAUUAUGUCUGGGCAAGAAUUUGAGGGAGAGGCAAACAUGUCAUGGAGCAACAACGGAGACAGUGACCAUAGUUCCCCUGGAAAUGGAGUUUCUGAGAGCAACCAGCCUUCACCCGUUUCUACUCCAUCUUCAAGGUCCGUGGAGCUGAAUGGAUUCGCUGCACUCAGGGAUCAGUAUAUCGGGACGCCGGUGUCCACGCACUAUCAGUACCUCCCGCACCUUUUUAGCUAUUCUGCUCACUCGGCUCUGAUGCCCCCCCAAACGCGCAGCCUGGACCCCCAGUCGCACAGUCUUAUCAAUCAGUUAGUGUCAGCGGAGGACCUGGAGCCGCUCGGCACACCGAUGCUUAUUGAGGACGGGUAUAAAGUGACUCAGGCAGAGCUGUUUGCGUUGUUGUGUCGUCUGGCGGAUGAAUUGCUUUUCAGGCAGAUUGCUUGGAUCAAGAAGCUGCCGUUUUUCUGCGAACUCUCCAUCAAGGACUAUACCUGCCUGCUCAGCUCUACAUGGCAGGAGCUGAUCCUGCUCUCCUCGCUGACUGUUUACAGCAAGCAGAUCUUUGGUGACCUUGCGGAUGUCACCUCCAAGUACUCUCCCUCUGAUGAUGAGCUGCACAGAUUCAGUGAAGAGGGGAUGGAGGUGAUGGAGCGGUUGAUCUACCUCUUUCGCAAAUUUAACCAGUUGAAGGUCAGCAACGAGGAGUAUGCAUGUAUGAAAGCCAUUAACUUCCUAAAUCAAGACAUCAGGGGUCUGACUAACGCGUCCCAACUGGAGCAGCUGAAUAAGCGGUAUUGGUAUGUUUGCCAGGACUUCACGGAGUACAAAUACCCACACCAGCCAAACCGUUUUCCGGACUUAAUGAUGUGUUUGCCAGAGAUACGAUAUAUUGCAGGAAAAAUGGUGAAUGUCCCCCUGGAGCAGCUGCCUCUCCUUUUUAAGGCCGUUCUACAUUCCUGCAAGACAAGCGUGAGCAAAGAGUGA